UUGUGUGGGAUGUUUGAAGACGGCAAGUAUGAAGGCAUGAACAGGUGGCUGCAAUUAAUAACGCGAUAUUUUGUUUAUCGUAUUACGAAACGUGAGAUAACAUGGACGGAUAUAGGCAUAUUAGCUGCGUCGAAAGGGUUAAUAAUCUAAGGACAUUUAUAAAAGACGAUCUACUGAACUGUGGUGUCAAACUUCCGAAAAAUAAGAAGGCAAAGAAACUCAACAAUUCAAGAGGCCCGUCACAGGAUGGAAUUCAUGUUCCGACUGGUAUCUUUGGUAAUUAUCUUGCUCACGUGCCCUGUGAAUAUGUCGCAGACUGUGGAUAUGUUCCCAAAUUUUUGGUUGACUCCGCAGAACAUAUUAAGAUGCAUUUCAAAACUGAAGGUAUAUUUCGGAAAUCUGGAUCAGUCAGCAGGCAAAAGGAACUCAAGCAUCAAAUUGAAGAAGGUGUUAAUAUGGAUGUAUCCAGCAUUUAUGACCUGACCACCCUCAUCAAACAGUUUUUUCGCGAGCUGCCCGAGCCCCUGUUCACAAGCCUGUAUCAUGACACCUUCAUCAAAUGCUACCAGCUUGAUGACACGAAGGCAGCCAGUGAAGCUAUCCAUGCUCUGUGCCUCCUCCUCCCAGCAGAACAUCUUAGCACCCUGCGCUUCAUCAUGCAGCUUCUUAGCUUCAUCGCUUCCCACUCGGAUGAUAACAAGAUGGACGCUGCCAACCUCGCUGUUGUUCUCGCCCCCAACAUCAUGCAUGUCAACAGCAAAAGUGAGAAGAUGAAUUCAACUGAGGAGAAGCUGUUGCAGAUUCAAACAGCCAUUGUGGAACUACUUAUAAAGGAAGCGGAGAAAGUGGGAAUGGUUUCAUCAAGCCUGUACCAGCGAACCACUCUCAUGACCGAGUGUUUUGGGGUAGCGACAGAUGAUGAGUUGGAUGCUAGUGAUGACAAUACGUUAGAGGAUUCUAAGGAUAUGAAGAAAAAGAAGAAACGGAAAAGGAGCGGUUCGUUGCAAGGCAUUGUCAGCUCUAUAGCUAAUGGUCUGGCAAAGUUAAGGAGGAGCACAGAUGGCAAGAAUGGAAACUCAAGUCAGAAUAUCACGACUGCCUCCAAUGAAAGUGCUCAGUCCCUCUCCGGAUCACUCGAACAGCCCCACUACCCAACAACGACACCUGUCGUCAUACGCAAAAGCAAAGCCUCCGGCGAGGUCAUUCCCUUUUCAGCAUCUAAAAAGAAGGCUAUUCUGCAGCACCUCCCCCAGGGUUCUGCACUGGGACACACUCCCUUCACCCCUGCCUCCGCUAUCAGGAAGAUGGAUCUAAAUGAUCCAAGGAAAGGUGGAGUUAUGGAUACCCCCAGUCUGAGCUUUGGGGACAAGCAACAUAUGGCAUAUACAGCAACGCCAUCUCACAACAUCAAGACUCCACGGAAGAAACUCAACUUGUUCAGUCCCAGCAGCAGCAAGAAGAAGAUGGCAAGGAGCCCAUCUUUCUCCAAUAUUUCAACUGGAUCUACCAAGAAAAGUGGACGGGGAAAGAACAUCUUCAGAAGACUGAGUGGCAGCAAGGCUGAUAAGUCAUCUGCAUCAGAUUCCUCCUUGCAUAUUGGUGAACGUCUGGCCAGUCCCACCAAGAAAGAUGCAGCCAUGGAUGCAACAUCUAUGAGGAGAAGUCAGUCCGAGUCAGACUCACCCAUCUCGGCGCGCUGGCCCAGAAUACAACCUACAUGCCUGAUAUCUCUGUUGUUUCGAACAUGGACAUCAAGCAGACACUAAACGAAGGCUUCAUUAAUGAGUCUCAUUUUGAUCUG